AUGCCCAAGCAAGCCAAGUCAUAUGCACCCCGAAUCCCGCUCAGUACGUGGGAGCAGCACCGAUGCAGGAUCAAAGCGUUAUUCGUGGACAAGAAUGAAACUCUGAGCAGGGUGGCUGAGAUCAUGAAAGAGUAUGGGCUGUACGCGAGUGAAUCGCAAUACGAACGCCAGUUGAAGAUAUGGGGCAUACGGAAGAACCGCACAAGAGACGAAUGGCGCCUUAUUAACCGCGCAGUAGAAGAGAGGCGUCGUCAAGGAAAGAGCAGUAUUGUCUCCAUCAAUGGCAUUGAACAGUCGAAUGAGAAGAUUGAUCGCGAGUUCGGGAGGAGCGAGUAUCGCAGAUACGGGGGCCUCCAGCCCGGUUUACCUGACCACAUACAAGUGGGCUCGCCGCCAGCGGCCGCUCCCUCGGAUGAGAUGUCUACUAGGUGUGCCGUUGAUCUAGAAGAUGAACUCAUUCCGCCCGCACUGCAAGACUUGUACCGCAACAUGGGUACUGUUGAACGUCACCUGCAUCUCAAUCUCCUUCCUCCUGCAACUUGGGCUGCUUCCAUAAGAUGGAUUACCAAGGAGUAUAAGAAAGCUCGCAAAACCUGGACAACAUGGACGUUCAAACUGGUCGAUCUAGGGCUGAGCGGCUUCCUCGCCACCGAGGAGCCGCAGUUGGAAAAUCCGUGCGACAAUGCUCCGAAUCCUGAACCUGAUUACGGUUCAGAUCUCUUCGAUCAUUCACCAUCGCCGUCGGGAAGUUUGGGUAUCCCCAGCUGGGAGUCUGUAGAUGUUACUUCCGAAGAGUGGGCGACUCGCGGGUGGGAUGUCUUCUUCGGGGAGUGGGGAAUGGUAUGA